AUGGCCGUCUGCGACAGCUCAGUUCUCAGAACUGAAAACCCUCAGAACUGGCAAGGACUGGCAAUACAUGAGCAGCACCCCAACAACACCUACUGUGAUUCGGCACUGCGGUGUUCAGUCUCUCCUGUGGGGGCGCUGCAUCCAGUUCAUGCUCAGCUCGAACAGUUCAAGGCAGGGCCGGGCUGUGCUGCUAGAGAAGAAGGAGCUAAAGAGACCCAUGUGAUCGCUGUGGGGGGAUCCAGUCACCACCCGAACAAACAGGUGACGGUAGUCCUAAAGCCGCUGUCUUUCUCUCAUCCUGUCAGUCGCCCAGUCAUCCUAGUGUUGAGUUCUCAGCAUGCCGUGCACUGGGUUCUGGAGAGUGAGGGACUGCCGUGGAAUCUGCACAUGCUGGUUCAGGUGUCGUCUAACUCCACGUUGAAGAACGGGAGUGUAUCGGUUCGUGUUCACUACAUCCCUUUGUUGCCAUGGCGUCCACGAGCUCUGCUACAAUGGACUUUGCAGCGUCACUCGUCCAUCUCGUCCUUAAUACACUCUGUCCGUGCCAACCGUGCCUACCUCCGCCUUGGAGAGGAUCCCAGCAUGCCGAGCGUGUGCCAGCUCCAGUCUCUUUUCCUUUCUCAUAACUACCUGAUGUCAGAGGUGCAGGAACAGGAGGUGAACGGCUGCGCUCCCUCAGCGAGGCACUCUGAUCCAGAGGUGCACAUCAUCAAACUUUGGUCUGCAGGAUCCGGACUGUGCGGCUCAUUUCAGGUGGAGGUAUCUAUCUCUCUGCAGCCCCGUGUUGCUGAUGCUGGGUGGUAUAAUGUGGUGUUGGUGUUAAGCAGUGCUUCUCCAGUAAACUGGGCUCUGGUCACUCCUGGCCUCCGCGGCCACAUCACCGUCCAUUCGUCCCACAGCGUGACCCCUCUCUAUCCUCCCAAACCAGACCUUACAAUGACCAGCACCACCGUUCCUCACCUGUUCGUGACUUCUGAUCUGCUCGACUGGGCCAACCAGACCGGGUAUCCCUUGGUGGCCUCGUACACAGAGGCUCAUCUGGCCAAUCGGUUUGUGAUUAAGCUAAAAGGGGGCGGAGCAGUCCAGGCAGUGAUGGAGGCGAAGGCUGAGGAGACGAGGCUGAGACACUGGCUGAGUGGAGGGGUCAGGGAUGGUGUGGUGGUCAGCCAAGACGCCAUCAGCACCCAGUGUACGGAAGGACGCCUGACUGUCUCAGUGGAUAAAAGCAUCUUACAGGCUCUUUCACUGUCUGUGUCGGCGGUAACUCUGAGGGACACUUCAUGCCGGGCGUGGUCAAACGGGAGCCAUUUCCUGUUGGCGUUCCCGGUCGUUUCCUGUGGGACUGAAGGAGAGAUGGAUCAGCAUAGCAGACAUGUGCAGUAUAAAAACAUGAUAUUACUGUGGAGGAAUAAAACUCAGACGGACCCACUAGACGAGACAGAAGGAAGAAAAGCCAAUGAGUCAACGCCGCUGGUUAUACAUUUCAGCUGUCUGGCUCCUCUGUCCGUCCUUGCCACUGCGGUGGAUUCGAGUCCAGCCUCCACCCCCGAGGAGGCACCAUGGAGUGGUCCGGUCUCCGACUCGCAGAGGCUCCCGACACCACGCACCACUUCUCUGCUUUUCAUGAAGCUGUUUGCGACUGAUGAAUUUGAGAAGAGAGCGGUGGGUCCCUGCGUGGUGACCGCCCAGGGACGAGUGUACGCCGAGAUUUCGGUGAGUAAGGAGGUCAAAAGGAGCGUGGAGGUUUCCUCCUGUGUGUUCUCGCCUCUUUCGGACCCCCGCGCCCACAUGGGCUGGUCUGUCAUUCAGGAAUCCUGUCCUGCAGACCCUUCCUUUAUCCUGCACAGUCAGACAGAACCCGAGGGCGAGGACAGAGAUACGGUGACCGCGAAAGAUGAGAGGAGAGCCGACGCAACAGAGGAGGAAGACGAAGAUGAGGACAGUGGACGUGACCAAAGCAAAUCAAGGAACAACCCUCACCCAGCUUAUCGGACAUCAUAUUCUCCGAAGGAGAGACAGCGAGGGGCGAUAGGACAGCAGGACGGAGAGACGGCGGGGGCUGGACGGCUACGGUUCAGCUUCGUACUGCGACCGGUGUUUAAUAACUCCAUCCAGUUCCUGCACUGCACACUUCAGCUGUGUGGAGAUGUGAGCCGGACACACAGAGUCUGUACACACUCGACUCCUGUUCCCCCCCUCAUACACAUGAGUUCCAGCACACAAGAGUGUGAAUACAGAAACUUGACCAGACCGGUGUUGGUCACCUAUUCUCCUGAUGCACUUGUUGGUCUUCUGUCACCUGCUGGUCAACAGGAGAGGGAGCUGGAGGUGGCAAAGGAAGACAUUUAUGAGAGGGACAGAGCAGGUAAGCUUGCUCAGAAGCCUCGUGUAACAGAGACAGAGACGUCCAGACACAGCUCGUCCAGCAACGUUACAAGCUCGGUCUUGAUCAGUGUGUUUGCUGCGUUCCUGCUGGGUAUUGGCCUGAUGGGGGCGCUGUGGUGUAUCUACUCCUGCACAGGACGAUCUGUGGUUGUGCGUGGAGAAGGUCUAACUGAGACCCCAAGUUCCUGGAACCCAGUAGCUCCACUAGAACAAACCAGCAGUGCAGUGUAG